GGGGAUUGUGUGGUUGGGGAGAGGAAACACCUACGCAUCCACUGACUGAGCAGCCUCCGUGUUUAGGUCGGGGGUAGGGGGAAAAACUCACAUUUUAAAAAAUAAUUACUAUUCAGUGUAAACAGAGCCGCAGCGCCACGCAGCUGCACUCGGGGCCCUGCUGAUGUCAUUAUUUGCAUACUGACUUCCUCCAACACCCACACCACCCCCCCACCCGCCAACUGUUCAACUCAGAAAUCGGAUGGGAAAAAUAAUGAUGUUGGGGAUAGGAGGUUGGGGGAGAUACCUACUUGUCAGAUAAAGUUUCUGCUGAGAACGAAGGCGUUGAGAUGCUGUUUGUGUAUGUGGUGGGAGGAGGAUUUGCAGUUCAGUCAGAGGGUGUGAGCGGCUUCCUGCAGCUUUCUGACUGACUCGGAGUCGUUGCGACUUCAGAUCCCGACUGGGCAGGGAGAGAGUUCCCCCUCCCCACCCCCUUCACCGCCCCCCCAACUCCCUUCCCGCGCCACAGAACUACCGGCAUCGCUCCCUGAAUCGAUGCGGCUUCAAUUCCCAUCGAUCAUUAACUUUCCACAGAUGAAGAUCUGUUUGAAGUUCCCGACUGAGGAUCCGCACAGGGAAUAAAUAUUAGUUAGAACAAAUCGCAAAACCGCUCUUCGCUUUAAGUUCCUUUAGGGCUCUUGGCAAUGCUGCUAGUGAUGAGGAUGGAUUGGAGUCGGUGUGUGUUGCUGUCUCUGAUCUGGAUUCGUUUCUACAUUCCCGCCGCCUGUCUCAGCCUUGCAGUCGGAUCUCCAGCCGCCUCCAACACCGAUGAAUUCUCGCAGGCAGCAACGGGAGACCCAGACGCCCUUGCAGAUAAUUGCACUACAUUAAACCCAGCAUGUCUGAAUGAAGAUGAUCGACACUGUCUAGAGGCUAUUCGAAUGAUACACAAACAGAUGGACGAUGACAAUGAUGGGGAUGUUGAUGUUGAGGAGAGUCAUGAGUUCAUUAAAGAAGAUAUGAAAGACAAAGAUCCUACCAGUAAAGGCAAUACAUUCCAUAAAGAAGACAAACAUAUCACCGUGAAAGAUCUGUGGAACCACUGGAAAAACUCAAAAGUAUACAAUUGGACAGUAGAUGAAACAAUGGAUUGGCUAAUUCACUUUGUGGAAUUGCCGCAGUAUGCCAAGAUUUUUCAGGAAAACAACAUUCGGGGAGUUGGCCUACCCAGGCUAGCUGUGAAUGAGAUUCCUUUUAUGAUCUCAAAUUUGAAAAUCACUGACCGGAGUCACAGACAGAAGCUUCAGCUGAAGGCACUGGAUGCUGUGCUAUUUGGAGCUCCAAUACGUCCCCGCCACAAUUGGCUGAAGGAUUUUAUUCUUGCUGUUUCCAUGGUUGUUGGUAUUGGUGGCUGUUGGUUUGCAUACACACAAAACAGAAAUUCAAAAGAACAUGUUGCAAAGAUGAUGAAAGAACUAGACAGUCUGCACAAAGCUGAGGAAAGCCUGAUGGAAUUUCAAGCGAGGCUUCAAAAAGCUCAAGAAGAAAAUAGAACAGUUGAAGUGGAGAAGCAAAAUUUAGAACAAAAAAUGAAAACAGAGAUAAAUGAUGCCAAGCGGGAGGCACAGCGCCUGAGGGAACUGCGCGAGGGUUCAGAGACUGAACUCAGCCGGCUGAAAUAUGCAGAAGAGGAGCUUGUACAGGUCCGAAUGGCUCUGAAGAACGCAGAGAAGGAGUUGGAAGUCCGUAGUGGCUGGGCACUGCCAGAAACUCUGCAGAAAUGGUUGCAGCUUACGCAUGAGGUAGAGGUUCAGUACUACAACAUUAAGAAACAUAGUGCUGAAUUACAACUCAACGCUGUUAAAGACGAGGCAGAGAAGAUUAAGAAGAAGCGUAAUACUGUAUUUGGGACAUUCCAUGUGGCACACAGUUCCUCUCUGGAUGAGGUUGAUCACAAAAUUCUUGGAGCAAAACAAGCGUUAUCUGAGGUGACAGCAGCCUUGCGUGAACGGCUACAUCGCUGGCAGCAGAUUGAGAAAAUUUGUGGCUUUCCAAUUGUGCAUAAUGCAGGGAUGCCUAACCUAACCUCCAUUCUGUAUUCUGAGCACAGUUGGGUGGUUAUGCCACGUGUAUCAGUUCCACCAUAUCCAAUAGCUGGUGGAGUAGAUGACCUGGAUGAAGACACGCCACCAAUCAUUCCACAAUUUCACUCAGUAGCUCACAGUAAACUCAAUUACAAUUUACCAAAAAGCAGCAGCCAGGGUCGCAAUCGGAGGCCCAAUUUGAUCCCUUCUGGACUUUCACCUUCCUUGCAAUCUUCCACUCCUGACAUCUUUGUAAUGAACAGCUGUUCAACCCUUCAUCGUGGUGAAGAGGAGGAAGAUGCCAUAUUCUUCACAGCUGACAAGAAUUGGGACACGCAGGAGACAACUUCGGAGUGUGACUCCUCUUUUGGGUCUUUGAAUGGAAAGAAGCUGUUUCUCUUAUCAACCAGUGAGGCUCUUAGCGGUCCUUCACGUAAUAUGUCCAAGAACUCCCUAGAUGACCUAUCUGUUGCUGAUUCAUCUGUGACAUACGAGCAGUCAGCUGCGAUACCUGAUUCUCUGGGCCCAGUGGACACCAGAAGUAUGAUUGUGAGCUCUCUGAUGGCCAAUAAGCCAAUUCGGAAUGGUCUUGAGAAAUCCUACAGCAUGGGACAACUACCAGCUGCUCAAGAAAGGCGUGUCUUAGAACUUUCCACACAAAGUGAAAAUAGUACAAUGAGAGCUCCGAAAAGCAAAACUAAGAGACAAGCAGUGGUGUCCGAAGACCUGGCUUGUAGCACAGACAGAGUUAAAAAAACUUCCAAGUUGAAAAAAAUCUUCAAGAAAAUGUCAAAAUGAUAAAAAGCCAAAGUGUGACAAUAGUGAAGCCUAAUUCACCGUAACAUCUGUUUACGAAAGCUGCAUUUAGAUGUUACACAGAGGGCUAUGUUUCUGCCCGAGUUACAAUUGUAGAAAUAAAUGUUGCACUAUUACUUUCCUGAUGUGGGAAGGUACCUCUGAUUAUAUAGACAAUGUAUAAAGAUUUAUAGAGAAAUUAAGCAGAUUCUAUGUUUUUACUGUUACAUGUAGAGCUUUGGUAGGAUUUUUAAGGAUUCAGAUUUCUAAUCUCUUAAAAAAAAACAGUGGAAUUUCUACGAGUGAGAAAGCAACAUUAUUCUUGAGACAAAUUUCCUAUAAAAGUUUUAUGAACCUGCUGCACAGAUUAAAAAUACCUGACAGCUUCUGAGCUUUUCAUUCAUGCCUUGUCUUUGAACUCUGAAGAUUGGCAGUGGAGGCUGUUAAAGAUUAAUACCAGCCUGCAAGCAAGCACUAAUAGUUUCUUCAUAACUUCACCUGGUUGUAGCAGCAGCGGGACCUGGCAAAAUACUGAACUCAUAAUUCAGGAUUUCUUAUUGCAGAUUAGAAGUGAAAAUGACUUCACCUGAACUUAAUAGACUCGAGGGUAGUUGGGGUAUUUGGAACUUCUUGAAUGUAUUAAAAGAAUAAAAUGAAGCAUUAUGAUAUGA